UAGGCCUGUUUUGAAUUUGCACCUUUAACCAUCUUAUGUGGAUAAAUUCUCGUGUGAGAUCUUUUUUAUAUAUGAGUUGAAUAGUUUAAUUAACACAAUUAUUAAUAUAUGAGUUUUUUUUUAUGGUUAUUUUAUCGAAAGACAAUUUUUCAGAUACAUAACUAUUUUAUGUGAGAGUUAUUUUUAUUAAAUGAGACAAACUAUAAACAAGGAAAACUCCCAUAUGCAUUAAUACACCUCUUAACUCGUACACCAACCACAUAAUAAAUGUUUGUAAAUUCUCAUUCAGAACUGAUAGAUCCUAAAAAGAACAACCAUAUAAGCCAUCAGGUAAACCUAAGAGUUAAUAAAGAGAGAGAAAAUGAAGAACAAACAUGAAGAUCAACAACAAGAUCAAGAAAUAAACAACUCAACAAAAUUGGAAAUGGAGAAAAAACAACCAUUAAUAUUUAUUCAAGUAUUUGAACAAAUUUAUAGGGCUAUUGUUUGGUAUUUAGGUUUUAGAGAAAUACCUUCUGCAACUCGUACUUCCGCUACUGAUGAUGUCAGCAAUGUUAGUACGAGCUGUGAAGGAAGUCAUCAUGAUCAACCUAAUAUUCCGUUCGAAAAUAGGGUCUGUGAAGGCAGUAUCGAUGAUGAUAAUAAAGAUUUUUAUGGCGAUAACGAUAACGUUAAUGAUGGUAAAGAUGAUGAUGAUGGAUGUGAUGGUUACGGUGGUGGCGGAGGAAAUGGUGGCGCAGAUGAUGGUGAUGGUGACGGUGACGGUGACGGUGACGGUGUAAUAGACCCAGGAACUACUCCUAUUGAUUCUGAAAGUAUUAAAACAAAGGCCAUAAGGAAGCCACAAAGGCCUGGCAUAGGAAGUGGAAGACCUGGUCAAACUCACUGAAAACAAACACCAAUGCAACUAUCUAUUACUUUGAUUAUCGGGUACGCUGACAGAAGAAGAGGGUCAUUUGAAAAACGAACUUAGGACAAUUUUAUUUGAAAAAUAUAAUACUUACUUUAAAUCUCCGAGGAUUAAUUGCUUAAUAUAUUCUACAUAUUUAAUGGUAUUAGUAUGCAUACAUAUAAUUUGAUUAAGUAGGAGACAAAUGUAUGCUUAAUUCUCAACUUUCUAAUUUGCUUUUUUCUAGCUUGUUUAAUCACAUUUAUGUUGUACUUUUGGGUGUGAAUUGUUGUAUAUAUGUAGGAACUUCUUAUAUGAACAUUUGUUUGUUUUUAACAAGUAUUUGAGUUGUGGCAUACUUUCUC